AUGAAAAGAGCCGGGCAGGACCCAAACAGCGCCGCUGGCCAGGCCGAGCUGCAGGGAGCAACUUGGCUUGGCUUCUCCAUCCCCCCAGCCGCGGUUUUCCAGGCCUUUGGAAGCCGCAGCUCCUCGGCCCACGGUGGGAUGGGUCGGUUGCAAAAGAUUCUCAUUCCCUUCCUGGGACUGGUUUUGGCCUUCUGGUUCUAUUCUGCGAGGGACACCUUCAAACCGGAGAUGCUCCGGGGCAAGCGGGUGAUCGUGACGGGAGCCAGCACGGGCAUCGGGGAGCAGAUGGCAUAUCACCUGGCACGGAUGGGCGCCCACGUCCUGCUCACGGCACGCACAGAGCCCAGGCUGCAGAGUGUGGUGCGGCGCUGCCUGGAGCUGGGCGCAGCCUCGGCGCGCUUCGUCAGCGGCUCCAUGGAGGACACGGCCUUGGCCCAGCGCGUGGUGAGGGAGGCACAGACAGCGCUGGGAGGCCUGGACAUGCUCAUUCUGAACCACGUUGGUGCAUCCUACUUUGGCUUUUUCGAUGGGGACGUUGAGCACGUCCGGAAGCUGCUGGAAAUCAACUUCCUCAGCUACGUGGCCAUGGCCACGUCAGCCCUGCCCAUGCUGAAGGAGAGCGAGGGCAGCAUCGUGGUGGUUUCAUCCAUGGCAGGUAAAGUCGGGUUCCCCUUUACCGUCCCCUACUCUGCGACUAAGUUUGCCCUGGAUGGAUUUUUCAGCUCCCUGAGGCAGGAGUUCGCCAUUCAGAACAUAAAUGUCUCCAUCACGCUCUGCAUCCUCGGCUUCAUCGAUACAGACCGCGCGGUGCGCGCUGCCGCGGAGGUGCUGCAGGAGCGGCCGGCGCCGCGGGACGAGUGCGCGCUGGAGAUCCUCAAGGGCGCGGCGCUGCGCCGGAGGGAGCUCUACUACCGCUACAGCUCCACGCGGCUGCCGCUGCUGCUGCGGGACUGCGCCGCGGAGCUGCUCGACUACCUGGUGCGGAGCCGCUACCGCCUGCCCGCCGCGCCCCGCCCGCCGCGCUGA